AACAAAAAAAGAAAAGAAAAAAGAAACCAGAUAAAACUGUCCUCCUUAUAAUUUUUUCUUUGUCUGUGACAAGUCGUGGGAUUUUUUUGUUUUCUUCUUUUUUGUUUAGUCUGUCAUAUUCCUAGAUCGGCGGUUGUUCUUUUUUUUUUCGGUGUGACAAGUGUGAUCUCGCGAGUGAUCGAAGGACGAUGCGCCGGAGCCAGUGAGCAGAAAGAUCGACUUUCUCGAUAAGAUCCGUGCCGCAGAUCACGCGGCGGGGCGGCCCCAAUGCCGGUUAGGAAGGGCCUCCUCGCCCCACAAAAUACUUUUCUCGAUACAAUCGCAACACGCUUCGAUGGAACCCAUAGCAAUUUCGUCCUCGGAAAUGCGCAGGUUCCGACGAUCUAUCCGAUCGUUUAUUGUUCUGACGGAUUUUGUGAGCUGACAGGAUUUGCGCGAGCGCAGAUCAUGCAAAAGGGUUGCGCUUGCAAGUUUCUUUACGGCUCGGAAACGAAAGAGGAGGUAAAAGCGAUGAUUGAUAAGAGUCUCGAAAGUAAAACAGAGCUGAAGAUGGAAGUCGUCUUUUAUAAGAAGAACGGAAGCCCAUUCGAUUGUUUAUUGGAUAUCGUUCCAAUAAAAAACGAAAAAGGCGAUGUGGUCCUGUUCCUGGCAUCUCACAAGGACAUCACACAUACGAAGAAUCUUCAGCUCUGUGAGUUGCACGAUAGUGAUGCAAAUGGAAAUCUUGAUCCUGAAGCGCCACCAGCUAAUUAUGGUAGAAGAAGAAGUCGUGCUGUUUUAUAUCAACUCUCCGGACAUUACAAGCAGGACAAUAAACACAAGAUAAAAUUGAACAACACCCUCUUGCAUUCCACGGCACCUCCUCUACCGGAGUAUAAAACUUCAGCGAUCAAAAAGUCGCAAUUCAUUCUAAGUCAUUAUGGCGGCUUCAAGUCAUGCUGGGAUUGGUUGAUACUAUUAGCUACCUUCUACGUUGCUAUCAUCGUUCCAUACAAUGCAAGCUUCAUCAACAUCGAUAGACCGACUAUGGUCAGUGAUGUCGUCGUGGAAGCUCUUUUUAUAUUCGAUAUACUCUUGAAUUUUCGAACAACAUACGUCAGCAGAAAAGGCGAGGUCGUGAGCAACAGCAAGAGUAUCGCAUUGAACUACGUGAAGAGUUGGUUCUUCGUUGAUCUUGUAGCAGCUCUACCCUUCGAUUUUCUCUACGCUUCGGAUGUUUACAGUGGAGAGGAAUCAGGACAUGGUAAUAUUCAUCUAGUGAAAUUGACCAGAUUACUUAGGCUGGCUCGUUUGUUACAAAAAAUAGACAGGUACUCGCAAUAUAGCGCUGUGAUCUUGACGAUGCUGAUGUUAUUUUUUAUUCUGGUCGCCCAUUGGCUCGCCUGUAUUUGGUUUGUUAUAGCCGAAAAGGAAAGAUUACGAAAUGACAAGGAAUGGGACCUUGGUUGGAUACAUGCUCUUGCAGAACGUUUAAAAAUUUCAGUGCAAAAUGUAACGCACACGGAAAGUUAUAUCACGGCAUUAUACUUCACCUGUAGCAGUUUGACUUCCGUGGGAUUUGGAAACGUUUCGGCGAAUACAUUUUCUGAAAAAUUUUUUUCGAUUUGUACGAUGCUAAUCGGUGCUCUGAUGCAUGCUGUCGUUUUCGGUAACGUCACGGCUAUCAUUCAAAGAAUGUAUUCGAGAAGAUCGCUCUAUCAAACGAAAUUACGAGAUUUAAAGGACUUUUUAGUGCUUCAUCAAAUUCCCGAUGAAUUGAAGCAACGAAUGCAAGAUUACUUUCAAACGAUGUGGUCUUUAAAUCAUGGUAUCGACAUACACGAGACGCUGAAACAAUUCCCUGAAGAACUUAGAGGAGACGUUUCAAUGCAUUUACACAGAGAAAUCUUAAGCUUACCAAUAUUCGAAGCUGCUUCUCAAGGUUGUCUUAAACUACUUUCUCUACAUAUUAGAAGCAAUUUCUGCGCUCCCGGCGAGUUUCUUAUUCACAAAGGAGAUGCUCUCUCUUAUAUUUAUUAUCUGUGCAAUGGUUCCAUGGAAGUUGUUCAAAACAAGAUGGUCGUUGCGAUUCUAGGAAAGGGUGAUUUAGUAGGCUGCGAUAUAAAUGUUCAUCUACAGCAUGGAAACAACGGUGGAGGAACUGGUGGAGGUGGUUCUGGAGGCUCUGAUGUCAUUGUGAAAUCCAGUUGCGACGUCAAAGCUUUGACUUAUUGCGACCUAAAGUGUAUACAUAUGCAAGGCCUGGUUGAAGUUCUCCGUCUUUAUCCUGAGUAUCAGCACGAAUUUGCACACGAUAUACAGCACGAUCUAACAUACAAUUUACGGGAAGGUUACGAAGCUGAGCAGGAAUCAGACAUGAACGGUCCGUCGUUAACGUUGCCGUCGAUUAGCGAAGAUGAUGAAAAUGUACCUGAAGAAGGGGAAACGUCUCCCCUCUCGCCACCAAAUAAAUCACCACUGCAUACAUCAUCACCACGACAUGCUAAAUUUAGAGACGAGUAUAGAGAAGGUAGAAGAGGAGCAAGCAGGGGAGUUCUAAUGAAAGGAAGGGCAGCACAAAUAAUCUCUCAAGAAUCUAUGGAAGAACAUAUUCGUGGUUCCGUAGAAAGAUUGGAUACACAGGUUUCUACGUUACAUCAGGACGUCGCUACUCUAAGUUGUGAAGUAAGAAAUGCCAUUCAUGCUCUACAAAUGUUGGCUUAUUCGCCUCAAAGCAAUCCUAAUUUACCAAGACCAAUUAGCCGUGGUAGCGGAAUGUUAGCAAGAAGCUCCUCUCAUCCACCAGAUGCUAUCUGUUGGAAUCCACCAACGAGAUUAGCUGAUGCCACCACUCAAACGGAUUGGCCAGUCGAUGUAUUUGAAGUUUGGGUUCGAGGGAAUCCCGAUCGUGUUUUAAUGAUACUAGGUCUUGAGCCUGACUUACUCAUUAGGUUACAACCAUCAUCUCCGACACAAUCACCGUCUUCACCACCACCACCACCUUACGAACCCUUAUCCCCGUUGGCAGGUACACCACCGCAAUCACCGUCCCAAUCUCGGCAUAAAGAGAUUUGCGUCUUCGAGAGUGAUCGUGAAAAUAGGCACGUCUCUCGGACUUAUCGAAGCUCGCACACAACAACGUGGGAUUCGGAAAACAAGUUGUCUCAUCGAUUCAGCGCUGGUGACGCGGAUAACGUGUCUCUCUAUCAAGCUUUUAAUGCCCUUCAUCAACUUCCUGAAUCACGCUCCUUGAAAUUCGAUCCAUUUGAUAGCUGAACAGAAAUCGAGGAGGAUGAUCUUCAAGAUCGUAGAAGAAUUUCCGACUAAAACACGUUCCAUGUUUCCGUUCGUUAUGCAUAAUGUGAUGCGUCAAGUUGGAUUUGGUUAGUGAGGCGGAAAAAAAAUCGAAUGAAAAAGAACGAAUAAAAAAAAAUUUGAAAAAUCAACUUUUGAAACGCGGAACAUUCGCAACAUUCUGUCAAUUUUAUCAUCGAAUAUCGAUCCCGUCUCUGUCGUUUUUUUUUCUUUUUUUUUUCAAAGGGACAAAAAAAAUUUGAUUAAAAGAUUUUAACGCGAUCUAUAUAUUCGAUCUAUUCGAAUCUCGGUAGAUUUAUAUUAUAAGUUAGAAGAAUAAAAACAGAAAAGGAAGAAAAAGGCAAAGAAAAAACAAAAUAAAAUAAAAUAAAA